AGAUUGCAAGAAGAUGAUGCGGCUGAGCGGCCGGCACGGACUGAAUGCAUAAUUGGGGUAUCUUAGUCAUAUAUUUUCACUUGCCUUGUGUAGUUUCUUGCCAAAUUGCUGUUUAAUGUCGAACUGUAACCGGAGCGGCGUAGAAACUGAUUAGCAGUGACGGCAGAAGAAGAAAGGCGAAGCAGUGAGUGAGAGGAGUUGGACAUCAAAUUGCACCGGAUGUCAUUACACGCUCUUAAAUAUCGAGGACUAUAAUCGGGACCAACGGCAGAACCAUGGAGGUUGUAACACAUUUUGUGAAUGACACUGUAGAAUUUUACAAAUGGGGCCUUACUAUAGCAGACAAGAGGGUGGAGAGCUGGCCGAUGAUGUCAUCUCCCGUCCCCACUCUGGCCAUCAGCUGCCUGUACUUGCUCUUCCUGUGGGCGGGGCCUAGAUACAUGCAGGACCGCCAGCCCUACACACUCAGGAAGACCCUCAUAGUCUACAACUUCAGCAUGGUGGUCCUCAACUUCUACAUCGCCAAAGAGCUCCUACUAGCCUCUAGAGCAGCCGGGUACAGCUACCUCUGUCAGCCUGUCAACUACUCCAACGAUGAGUAUGAAGUCAGGAUAGCAUCUGCGCUCUGGUGGUACUACAUCUCCAAAGGAGUAGAAUUCCUGGACACAGUGUUUUUCAUCCUGAGGAAGAAGUUCACCCAGGUCAGCUUCCUCCACGUCUACCAUCACUGCACCAUGUUCAUCCUCUGGUGGAUCGGCAUGAAAUGGGUCCCCGGUGGACAAUCAUUUUUUGGUGCGACCAUCAACUCUUCCAUCCACGUCCUCAUGUACGGAUACUAUGGCCUGGCAGCUUUGGGACCUCAGAUGCAGAAGUACCUCUGGUGGAAGAAAUACCUCACCAUUAUUCAGAUGAUCCAGUUCCACGUGACCAUCGGCCACGCCGGCCACUCCCUCUACACAGGCUGUCCAUUUCCCGCCUGGAUGCAGUGGGCUCUGAUUGGCUACGCCGUCACCUUCAUCGUCCUCUUCGCCAACUUUUACUACCACGCGUACCGACGCAAACCUUCCUCCACGCAGAAGGGAGGCAAGCCCGUGGCGAACGGCACCUCUAUGGUAACUAACGGUCAUAGCAAAGUGGAGGAAGUGGAGGAUAACGGGAAGAGGCAAAGGAAAGGAAGAGCGAAAAGAGAGUAAGGAAGGAAGAGGGCUUGCUUGGCGAUUAAAAGAAAGAGGACAGUUGUUUGAAGGGCCAGAGAAGGAGGCAGGGUUAGGGAAGGGAUGAACGGAAACCAGACAGGUUUCAUCAUCCCUUCAAAUAACGUAGAAGGAUGUGAUUUGUGACCAACUUGAAAAGGUGAAAGGAUAGAAGUGUGUGUUUUGUCUGUAAGGGGUUUUGAGAGGAAGGGAGGGGUGUUGGUUGUCUCCAUAAAAGUUGUUUUGUUUUUUUAUCAAGAAAAGCAAGAUGCUGAUCAUGUAGGCUCCGAGAUCUCUCGUGUCCAACUGUGUUUUUGGACCGUAAUAGGACCAAAAUAUAAAGAAAAGGACCUACAAACUGCUCAGCAUCCACUAACUUAUCAACCAAGAUUCACCUCCAACUUUUGUACUCUGGAUUCCAGUAUUGUUUUAACUGAAAGCUUAAAUAGUCUUUAAUAAGCUAAUUUAUUUUCUAGUGAUCUAAAAGAGUUUAAAUUAAUUUAACUAUUACCAACAAGAGAACAUGCAGAUGUUUAUACCAAAGGGUUUUUUCUCGGUUCGGGGGAGGGGGGGCGGCAUUUGUUUACGAAUACUACAAAGUUAGCAAACAAACAAAUCACAAUAUGACAUUCUCAUAACUGCCAUCUAUUAUAUUUAACUACUUUUCAUUCAUCUCUACACCAUCAACCAAUCCAACAUGUCAUGGACUUUCUCUGCUGUUGAUAACUGUGCUGCAUUUACACAACAACAUGCUAUUUUCUUUGUGUUUAUUGUGACUAAACACCUGGUUUAAAACACUUUGGGGGAGGGUUGUAGUUUCCUUUAGUAUUUAUGCAAAUUUGUGGGUAUCUUUGUUAUGAUAAUUUUUUGUGGGUCCUCAUAAUUUAUUUCUUUUUGCUGUGCAAUGUAGCCGAGGUGCAAGAGAUUUGAAAUUCAGCUCAAUAUUGUCUCACUGCCAUGUAGGACUGAAGGGAAACUCCUCCUGAAAAAUGCUUUUCUUUUUUUUUUUAAAGAAAACAAAUGGUUAUUUCAUUGUCUUACUAAGAAUGAAAGCAACACAGCUUCUGGCUGCACAUAUAACUGAAAUAAAGACAAUGUCAG